AUGCCUAGUACAUCAUUAUUACGGAUUGGACUUUUAACAGAACGCAAAGACAAACUCCAAAUCUCGGACUUCGUAAGCGAUAAUUAUGAUGAUUCAAUAAAAUAUCCAAACUAUGAAUCAGAUUCUACUAGCUCUAGUUUGUCCUCCUCUUCUAUAUCAAGUGAUAAUUCUAACUCAAGCAGUAGUUAUAGUCCCGGUUACAAUGGUUUCUUGUCGAAUUCACAUAAUGUAAGGUGCGGACUUUCAACCAGAAAAUACAACAUCAGCAAGCAUUCAAGUACCAGACGUUAA